AUGUCAGAUAUAAUCGUAGACGAUCCACAUCAUGGUACACGCGAGUCUUGGUCGGAACGGCAUCUACUUCAGGCGAUUGUUUUGCUCGAAGAUGCUUAUUCAUUUCGUUCUAUCGCACAUAAAUUGUCCCCAUUGAAUAUUUUAAAACUCUACCGAUUAUAUUGGUCGAAAUGGAUUCAACGUUUAUUAACAUUCAUUGUUUCAUGUCAAUUAUUGUUAAUAUUCAUUCAAUAUCCAUCUUCAUUUAGUCGGACAUCGGACUUACGACAAGAACGAAAUCGAAUAACAUUACCGUGUGGUGUGCAAUUAGCCAUUGAAUUCAUAUGUUUGAUCAUCUUUUACAUUGAUGUGAUUAUCCGUGCCUAUUUAAUUGGAUUGAAGAUCGCUCGAAGAAAACCAUGGCUUAUCGCAUAUUUCAUUGUUACAACUGUUUCUAUAAUCGAUCUUAUUAUAUCGUCAAGUUUAGGAUGUCAAGCAAAAACUGUAAACAUACGAUUUUUAUUACGACCGUUUUAUAUGGCUGUGAUAUCUCAAGAAAUGAAAAAAAUAUUCAAUAGUUUACGAAAAUCUUUCUUACAAAUCCUUAGUGUUACGAUUCUCCUUGGUAUUCAUGUCUAUUUCUUUUCGGUGAUUGGAAUGAUUCUAUUUCCACCGGCAAGAAAAGAUUCUCCGAGUGAACGAACUGAUGAAGGAACAAAAUAUUUUCCGGAUUUUGCAGAUGCACUACUUAAUCUAGUGGUGCUUUUAACUACUGCGAAUAAUCCUGAUGUCACCAUUCCGGCCUAUUCCAAAAAUCGAUUAUAUAUCAUCUAUUUCGCUGUUUUUCUGACAAUUGGGUUGUAUUGUCUAAUGACUUUAUUUACAGUUAUUAAAAUGAAUACAUUCAAAGAAUUCUUUACAACAUCGAUGCAAAACUCAUUAUUUCGUCGUCGUUUAGCAGUUCGCGCAUGUUUCGAUAGUUUACUUGAACGGCAAAUUGCUCCAUCUUCGUCACCGUCACCGACAACAACAGCUGACGAUACUACAACUUCAUUAUUAACCCACCGAAUAUCUCGAUCAACUGCUCCGAUGUUGGUCGUAACGCGAAUGAUUUCUAGUACGAAUUUGCCAUAUCUGCUUAAACAAGAAUUACUUAGUACUCUAACACGAAAUAAUGAACGUAAUGACGAAGUAAAUUGGGACACGUUUUCGCUGACAAUGUUAUCACUUGAUGCUGAUGUUCAAAAAGUGCCUAUCGAACAUCAUGAAUAUUCCGGUGUCUGGGCAGUAAUUCAAUUAAUUGGUGCUUCAAAAUACUUAACAUGGUUCGGAAAUGCCAUUGGUCUUAUAAAUUUUAUCGUUCUCGUAGUUGAAGGUAGUGUUCGAUAUCAUCCAAAUUUUUUCACAAUCGACCUUAUUCUAUCAAACGUUCUAUUUUCAUUCUGUAUUUACUAUUUCUUGGAAUCAAUUCUUAAACUUUGGUCACUGCGUCCAAAAGUAUUCUUCAAAUAUUUUUUCAACACAUUCGAUGCUAGUUUAGCCCUUGCUCUAUUCGUCCUUCAUAUCGUUCAUUGUGGAAUCUAUGGGACACUGAGUAUCACCACGAGUGAAGUGAUACGCGAUGCGAGAGGAACCGCAACUUCAAUCUGGGCAAUAACACGUAUACUGAAUCUAUUCGUUAUUUUCCGUGCAAUUCGUUCGAUGCCACAUUUUACUAAUUAUGGAAUUAUUAUGGGUACAAUUAGCGAUGGAAUGAGAAAUUUAAAGGCAUUUAUCGGAAUUCUCAUUUGUUUGUUCUAUAGCUAUGCUGUCCUAGGCAUGUGGCUCUUUCGUGGAGUUAUUAAACCGCCGACUGAAUCCGAUAUUGUGAACGCGACAUGCGGUUCGUAUCAACAAAGUCAAUAUUGGGCGAAUAACUUCGAUGACUUCUAUUCAACUAUUGUGGUGCUAUAUGAUGUGAUGUUAGUGAAUAAUUGGGGCGUGUUCUUAGUCGCUCUUCGAGAAUUUUCUACAAGAUGGAGUCAGUUGUAUCUGGUUAGUUGGUGGUUUCUGUCGAAUGUUUAUAUCUUAGCACUUGUACUUGGUUUUAUUGUUGAAUUAUUUUCGUUAAACGUUGCACGAUUUGAAGAGAGUGGCUUUGCUCAAGGUCACCAUGGCUUAGCCAAUACAUAUUUUGUGAAAACGCUCUUCCAUCUAUUCAAACGAAGCUUGCGUGAACCAUCCGAUGAUGAAAUCAAUCAGGCUCUGGUGAAGUAUAAACAGUUAUAUGACAAUCCACAAGAGCAGAAUUAA